AUGGCGCCGGUUGCUUGGGAACGGAGCCCCUCCGCUGAGUUGCUCGUCCUCGUCGAGCUCGCGAGCCGAGAGGCGCUGAGCAACGGCGACACAUCCUCUAAGGCGGACGAGGCCUCUACCAUUUUGGGCUCCGGUGAGAUACGGAGACUCCAGGAGGCCGUGGACGCCGCCCAGUCCGCUGCCAAGGCUGCGAAGGCCUCUGGAGACGUGGCCAGCGAGGAUUAA